AUGGGCUGUGUUUUGUCAAGUUUCGAUGAGGAUGAGAAGGUUGGCAGGUGCAAGGAAAGGAAGAGGUUAAUUAAACAGUUGGUGAAAGUUAGAGGGGAGUUUUCUGUUUCCCUAUUUGCAUAUUUUAAAGCAUUGAAGAAUACUGGUUCCACCCUGAGGCAAUUCACUGAGAAUGAUACAAUUGAUUUUGAAACUGCCUCUAAUGGAAUGGCUGAGCCAGCUUCUCCACCACCCCAUCUGCCUGCAUUCCCUCUGCUACCACCGCCGCGGCCUCCUUUUCUCGUCGACAAGACUAUGGCGCACGAAGAUGAGAUACUAGAGACAGAUGACAGCAAUGUUCCUCCACUGCAAAUUGAUCCAAGUUUGAGCUCACUACGGCUGUAUCGAUACCCUGAUAGAAAAGAAAUAAUAGAAUCAGUGGAGGAGGAUAAUUGGGAAGAAACUAAAACAGAAUUUGAGGAUGAAGAAGCAGAAGCUGCUGUUGUUGCUGAAAAAUUGCGUAGGGGAAAGCAACAGUUGAUAGAACCAGUUGAUGAAAAUUCCUCUGUAAUAAGUUUGUUUAGAAAAGACGCUGCAGCUAUGCCUGAGACGGUUUGUAGAAGUGGGAAAACAUUGGAGGGUAUAUGUAAAGAGUUGGAUGACCAUUUCCUGAAAGCAUCUGGAUGUGUAAAGGAAAUUGCUGUUCUUAUUAGUAAAGAGGAUGCUCUUCUGAGACAGAAUUCUGGGCAUCAUGAUAGGAAGAGAGGCAAUUCUGCGAAGGUAUUCAGUGUAUUGUCAUGGAGUAGGCAUUCAAAAUCACCGCCAUCCACCAAAGAUGGUGCUGAGUUUUCUGGUCAUAGUGAACCAUGUAAGCCUGGAGCUCAUUGUGCCACACUUAAAAAACUAUAUGAGGCAGAGAAGAAACUUUUCAAGGCAGUUAAGGAGGAGGGAAUUGUUGCAUUGGAAUUUGAAAGGAAGUCCUCAUUAUUGCGUAAACAAGUGGAUGAGAACCUUGACAUGGUAAAAAUUGACAAAACUCGAUCAUGUGUUGAUAAGUUGGAGUCUGAUUUAAUAAGCUUGCGGCAGUGCAUCAGUGAAACAACUUCAUCAAUUUUGGAAAUGAUUGAUGAGGAGCUUUUACCCCAGCUGGUUGCAUUAACUGCAGGGUUGGCGCAUACGUGGAGGACAAUGCAUGAGUCACACGAAGCCCAAACACUCAUCUCCCAGCAGUUGAGUAACCUCAGCGAUAAUCAUAACACGAUAGUAACUUCUGGAUAUCAUCACCAGGCUACAAUUCAAUUCCAGACUGAGGUCUCUUAUUGGUAUAACAGCUUUUGCAAACUUGUAAGAUCUCAACAGGAGUAUGUGAGGACCCUUUAUGAAUGGAUCAAGCUUACUGACAGCCUCCGGGAUGGUCAUGAACGUAGCAAUCAUUCUCCUGCUAUCACCAUUUGUGAACAGUGGGAGCAUGGGCUUGACAAAUUACCAGACAAGAAGACAUCUGAGGCAAUAAAAAGCCUUUUGUCAUCCAUCCGUUCCAUAACUUCCCAACAGAGCGAGGAACAUAACAUUCUGAAAAGGAUAGAGAAACUUGAAAGGAAAUUCCAAAAAUGUGUGGAGACUUUGGCUGAGAUGCAGCAAAGAAUUGAUGGAGAUAUGGCUGAUACAAGCCCCAGGCAUCCAAUACAUCUUAAGAAAAGUGAAACAGAAGACAUUAAGAAGCAAGUGGAGAGUGAGAGAGCAAAGUAUUUGGAUGCUGUUCAGUGUAGUAGGGCAAUGACCCUAAAUCUCCUUCAAACUACCCUUCCCCCUCUCUUCCAGUCAUUGAUGGAAUUUUCAAGUGCUUCAUUCCAGGUUAUUGAGUCUAUCAAUACCCCAUUGGAGGCAGUUGAGUAG